AUGAAAAGCGGUGGCUCAGGGGACGGGAAGAAAGAUUAUCAGGCGGCGGUCCAUGAAGUGAGGGCUUUAGACGCAUCUUAUAAAUGUUUCAUCUGAAUUCCAGGGACUGACGAGUUUCGAUCAACUUGGAAUUGCACUCGAAGAUGUCGGAAAGUCGAUGGACGCGGAGGCGGCCACUGGCGGAAGUGUCCUUUCAAGAGUUCUGUAAGUAUCGGUAUGGGGGGAAACUGGUCCUCAUUUACAUUAUGGAAUUGAAAUUCGGUGACAGAAAUCUCAUUAAAACGAAAUGUGGUUCCCCCGCGUCAAAAAAUGUUUUCAAAAAUCAUGGCCACGGUGUGUCGCAUCAGUUUAACCUCCACGCAAAUCCGCUUGUGUCGGUCCUCUCUCCGCUCAUAAAACAAAUAGAUCAAUGGCUGAGGUUACACGACGACCCAAUAAGGCCCGUUUUGACAGUUCUCGCCCGUGUUUGCCGUGAAAACGCCCGUGUUUCGAUAUUCUCCGCAAUCAAACUUGUUCAGCCGUUUACACGAUCCAGCUCUCGUUUCAGGAACGAAUCUUCGAAUCUGAAGCAGAGAUCGUUCGAUCCGUCCAACGAUCUUGUCAACAUGUCCAUCGUUCCAGCCGAAUCGAGUUAUGUGCUCUUUUUCCAGGUACUUUUCCUUGUCCAAACGAAUCUCAUUUUUUUAUUUGCAGGUUCUAUUUCCUUUUGUGGUUGCUGGAAUAGGAAUGGUUUGCGCGGGUCUCGUGCUCUCGGUUGUGGUCACUUGGCCACUUUUCGAAGAAGUUCCUGAGAUUCUCAUUCUAGUCCCCGCUCUUCUCGGGCUGAAAGGCAAUCUGGAAAUGACGUUGGCCAGCAGACUCUCCACACUCGUACGCCAAUCUGUGCCAUUUUGUCCAUAUCAGUCAUUUUACAGGCCAAUCUGGGACACUUGGAUUCUUCGAAACAGAGAAAAGACGUCAUUGUCGCCAACCUGGCACUAGUGCAAGUUCAGGCAACGGUCGUGGCUUUCCUAGCUUCUGCCUUUGCUGCCGCCCUCGCCUUCAUUCCCAGUGGUGAAAUCGACUGGGCUCAUGGAGCUCUUAUGUGUGCGAGCAGUCUGGCCACCGCCUGUAGCGCUUCUCUGGUGCUCUCGUUGCUCAUGGUAGCUGUCAUUAUCACUUCCCGGAAACACAACAUCAAUCCGGACAACGUAGCCACUCCGAUCGCCGCAUCCCUCGGAGACCUGACAACUCUCAGUGUCCUCGCCUUCUUCGGAUCAAUUUUCCUCAAGGCACAUAACACAGAGUCUUGGCUCAACGGCGUCGUCAUUGUCGUAUUCCUUCUACUUUUGCCGUUCUAUGCGAAGGUUGCCAACGAAAACGAGGGAACUCGCGAAACAUUGUACAACGGAUGGACACCUGUGAUUAUGUCCAUGCUGAUCAGCAGCGGAGGAGGAUUCAUUCUGGAGACAGCCGUCCGAAAAUAUCACAGUCUGAGCACUUAUGGACCAGUUUUGAACGGUGUGGGUGGCAAUCUCGCGGCAGUGCAGGCCAGCAGACUUUCCACGUAUUUCCACAAGGCAGCUGCGAUCGGAGAGAUGCCGAACGGCUGGGUUGUCAGUCGGUUCACAAGUGUGAAGAGGGCGUUCUUCUCGAAGGAGUGGGAUUCUCGGUCCGCCCGCGUCCUUCUCCUUCUCGUCGUUCCUGGCCACAUCUGCUUCAAUUUCCUCAUCCAGUUGUUUACCAUCGCAGCCAAGGACAACGUCUCUCCACACGGACCGCUCUUCACCAGUCUUUACAUGCUCGCUGCCAUCUUCCAGGUAAACAUUAAUUAAAACAUUUUUCCUGCUAGAAUUUUAAUUUCAGGUGAUGGUUCUUCUGUUCGUUUGUCAAUAUCUGGUCGCCCAACUGUGGAAAUGGAAGAUUGACCCCGAUAACUCGGUGAUUCCAUAUCUGACUGCUCUGGGUGAUCUCCUAGGAACCGCCCUUCUCUUCAUCGUCUUCCUCACCACCGAUCACUUUGAUCCGAACGAACUGACGCCAACCUAA